AUGAGUGACACUAGAAAGCGAAGCAGCAUCUGGCUGCAGUUUAAAGAUAUUGGGAACAAGAAAGCAGAGUGCCUUCACUGCAAAACGAAGGUCACUAUAAGAGCAGGUUCCACCACAAACCUGCAUAGACAUACAAGAACUGUCCAUCCUACAGUGCAGUUAGAGGAGAGAGGGCAAGCCAGCUCACCAUCUACUGAUCCUGGUGUGUCUCAUACCAGAACAACAGCUGCUGUAACGUCUACUGCCAUCCCCAUGCGUGCAAGUAUAACCUCUCCUACUGCAACUCAAAGCAAAAUAAGUCAGUUUUUACCUAAACUGAUGACCCCAGCCAAACAGCACAGUAUUGAUGAUGAGUUGGCUAAAAUGGUAGCUUCUGAUUUUCAACCCUUUUCCAUUGUGGAGGACAAAGGAAUGAAAAACUUUGUCAAAGCCCUAAAUCCCACAUACACUCUACCCAGUAGAAAAACACUUUCCCAAACAAUGAUCCCAAAACUAUAUGACACAGAACGUGCAUUAUGGCAAGAAAGGGUGACAAAAGCUCCAUCAGUUUGCCUGACAACUGACUGCUGGACCUCCAGAACAACCUGCUCUUUCAUGUCUGUCACUUGCCACUUUAUUGAAGAUUACAAGAUGACAUCUUGCCUUCUGGACUGCUUCGAGUUCACCGACAGACACACUGCAGAAAACUUGGCAGUGGAGCUACUAAGAGUGGCAAAAGAGUGGCAAGUAGAGGACAAAGUGGUGUGCUGUGUGAGUGAUAAUGCUGCAAACAUCACCAAAGCCAUAAAAGUUUUGAAGUGGACCCAUCACCCAUGUCUGGCGCAUACACUAAACCUGGUGGUUAGAGAUGCUCUGAAGGUGAUCAAAACAACCGUGGAUAAGGUGAAGGCUAUUGUGGAGUUUUUCCACAAAAGCACAGUAGCAGCACAGAAGCUAAAGUCCACACAGCGCCAAAUGGGGAUUCCUGAACUGAGGCCCAAACAAGAGUGUGCCACCAGGUGGAACUCAACAUUUGAUAUGUUGAAACGAAUGCUUGAAAUAAAAGAUGCCAUCAUCUCCACCCUGGCCCUCAUCAACGCAUCUAUUGAGCCAUUAAGCCAAGAGGAAUGGGAGCUGGUGAAAGAGGUCUGCGCCGUCCUGCAACCAUUCCAGGAGGUGACUGUGGAGAUAAGUGCAGACAGGUACCUAGAACCAUUGAAGCAUUGUUUUCUCUACUACUAUUCAGUCACUAUUAUACAUUGCAAACACAACACAUACAGUAUAAUGCAUCACGUAUAAUAUGCCACAUACUUUUAAAAAACUAAAUUCUAAAAGUUGCUGUUUUCUCUCCUUCAGCUAUGUCACAGCCUCGAAAAUGCUCCUGCUUUGCAAAGGUCUGCAGCUGGUGACAGCCGAGAACCAAUGGACAGUAACUGUGCAGAAAGUGAAGGAAUUAGUUGCAGCUCUUUGUUCAGCCAUGGACCGCAAAUUUCUGCGGAUGGAGUACAACACUGUCCUUUCAGAAACUACCUUAUUGGAUCCAAGGUUUAAAAAACUUGCCUUCAGUGAUCGUAGAGCUGUUGAUGAAGCUCUUCAGAGGAUUAGUGCAGCAGCAGCAGCAAAAUGCACCCCCAGCAGCCAGCCAGCUCCACCAUUACAGGGCCAAGUGGAGGAGGAGCAGCAAACCUCUGCUGUUUGGAGGCUUUUUGAUGACAGAGCUACAGGAGAUGCUUCAAGGAGAAAUCCGACAGCUGAUGCUAUAAUGGAGGUGAGGAGCUACCUUGAGGAGCCCCUCAUCCAGAGAGCAGAAGACCCACUGAGCUGGUGGCAGGCCAAGGCCUCAGUCUUUCCACUCCUGGUGAAGGUGAUGGAGGGGAGACUAUGUAUUGUUGCCACAUCAGUUCCUUCUGAGAGAAUCUUCUCCAAAACAGGGCAGAUACUCACGGAGAGGCGAAAUCGUAUCAGGCCUAUCAGCCCAUCCAAGCUGAGGCAUCUGAUCUUCCUGAAUGCCAACCUGCCCUGAGGACUAAUGCUGUUUGCUGGAGUUUGGUUCUGGUUUUGAUUCUGUUCUGUGGAUUUGUUUGAAGUUUAUUGUUAAUUUGUGCAAUAAAAAAGUUUAAUUGAAAUAAACAAAUGUAAGAGUGGUUUUGUCACAGAAUAAAUGCACAGAAUUAGGCAUUAUAAGGUCUCUCAUAAAAACACUGAAAGCAAAAGGGUUUUCAACACAUAAACCAUGAUUUUUUUUCAAAGUUAAGGUAAAAUAUAGGCUACAAAAGAUCCUAAAUAAAGAGCCGUUCGGGAGUCGAAAGAGCCGGCUCUUCUUUGGGAGCCGAGUCAAAAGAGCCGGCUCUCAGAAAAGAGCCGAACUUCCCAUCAUUAGUGG